AUGGACCUCGUGCUGCUGGGUGAGCUGAUGAUCGUCGUCGGCUGCCUCUCCUCAGCCGUGGGCAUGCUGUACAUGAAGCUCUCGUCUGAGGUCGGCGAAGCCUCUCUCCCUUUGUGCCAGCGCUGGCGGUGGGCGGUUGGCUUUGUCCUGCUGGUGGUCAACGCCACCGCGUUCGACAUCAUCGCCUACGGCAUGACGCCGCUUUCGAUGAUUGCGCCCUUUGCUGGUUUGACAAUCGUCUUCUCGUCUUUGCUGGCCUGGACCGGCCUGCUCACCAAGCGCGAGCAGCUCACUCCGUCUGGAGCCGCAGCGACGGUAUUGGUCAUUGGUGGCAUCACGGGUGUCUCGGUCUUUGGCCCGCGAGGCGACGGGUCGCCCUCUGUGCUGCGGCUCACGGCGGAUUCCGUCGCCCUCGUCGCCGCCGCAUUUGGCCUGGUAGCUGUGUGGUUGAUUUUGCGUCGGACGCGUCUCGCACCUCCGCACUCGUCUUGGCUGAUGACGAUUGCGUCAUCCACCACGUCUGCGUGCUGCGGGCUGGUGACGCAGGUCGCCCUCAAGCAAAUCAGCGGCACCGUCGUCACCUCAGUGAUGGCCGGCUCGACACGCGCCUGGUCUGACCCACUCACUUGGGGCUCUUUCGUGGCCAUUGGCCUCUCCUCUCCGCUGCAGCUGUACCUCUUGAACGAGACCCUCGCUGGCGCCAAGGUAAGCCUCGCCGUUCCGGCCUACCAGUCGACCCUCAUCGUCAUGAAUCUGCUCGCCGCGGGCGUCGUCUACGGCGAAGCCCGCUGCGCGAGUCGGCCGAGCCGCGACAACCGAACGAGACUCACAGCCAGUGUUUGCGUAGGCGAGUUUGAGCACGCCUCGCCGCAGCAGCUCUACUUUUUUGGCGGCGGGGUGGCGUGCUCGAUCGUCGGCCUCGUCAUGCUGACGCUCGCCGACGAGCCCGCAGAGAGCAGUAGCGAGCCGCUCGGCGACCGGCUUCUCGUGGCGCCACCCGAGCCCACACGCCGCAUGUCACAGCCUCUUGCGCCCUUGGAGCUACCGCCGCCGUCGCCGGUGGCCAGCAGGCUGCGGGGCCUCGGAAGCCCAGGCUUGGCCCUUGCGGCGCUCUCGCCACUCGCGGCAAUCACGCCCAGGCGGCGCCCAAGCUCCGCCCCUCCCACGGCAGCCAAGCCGAUGCCCGACGCUAUCACGCCGCAACGGGAGGACGGGAGGCUUUCCAGCGCCAGGAGGAGUUUGUUGGAGUCCCUCUAG